AUGCCCAACCGCCAUAUCAGCAGUGAUCUCAAGGAGUGUGCCCUUCACCUUUGGAACCUUGGAUGGGACCUCAAGGACAUCUCCUUUGCUCUUGGUAUCUCUUCAUGUAGCUGUUAUUGCUGGUGGGAAGUUCUGGAGGAGUAUGGCUCUGUUGUUUGCCCACAUUCACCACUGAGGGGUUGUGCCCAAACAGUGACCAGAGUUCUCUUAACUUCUAUCAAAACUCUUGUUGCCAAGGACCCUGAUCUGUACCUCAAUGAACUAUGCACCUGGUUGGCCAUAUGGCAUGACAUAUCCAUCAGUCUUUCUUCACUGUGUCGCACUCUCAAUGAUACUGGUCUUUCUCACAAGGUAUUACAAAAGAUUGCACUUGAACAAGAUGAAAUUUGCCAUGCAGAAUACUCACUAUGCACUGCAAUGACAGUGGAUGGGUACAUUGCAGCACAUGUUGUUGAGGGCUCCUUCAAUGCAGAACAGUUCUACAAUUUCAUUGCAGAAGAAGUGUUGCCACAGAUGAAUCCAUUCCCAGCUGAAUGA